UAGUCCAGAAGGCAAAGCAAAAGCACGAGGAAAUUCGGGGGGCAGUGCAUCGUCUUCUUCAGCUGAACCCCAAGAAUCAAUGGCGACCAAAAGCCCCAGACAACUCAAACAAAAAGAAGAAGAUGAAGUCUUCUCCCAAGCCAUGGAACUGGCGUGCGGGUCAGUGCUGCCCAUGGCCAUGAACGCAGCCAUCGAGCUCCGCGUUUUCGACAUCUUGGCCAAUGCGGGCCCUGGUGCCACGCUCUCCGCUGCGCAGAUCGCGGCCCAGAUGCCCGCCAAGAACCCCGACGCACCUGCCAUGCUGGAACGCAUCUGCGACCUUCUGGUGUACCACUGCGUGCUUGGUUGCUCUGUGGUUAAGAACGCUGGCGGUGAUGGCUGUCCUGUCCGUAGGCUCUACUUUCUGCUUCCGGUAUCCAAGUACUUCGCGCGUAAUCCAGAUGGGGUUUCCUUAGCGCCCUUGAUGACCUUGAAUCAUGACAAAGUUUACUUGGAUAGUUGGUCUCAACUAAAGGAUGCAGUUCUUGAAGGCGGAGUUCCAUUUAACAGGGUUCAUGGAAUGCACGCCUAUGAGUACGCUGGCAGAGACCCUAGGUUCAGUCAAGUUUUCAACACUGCAAUGUUCAACCACACUACAAUACUUGUAAAGAAGUUGCUCGAGGCCUAUGACGGUUUUAAGAACCUCAAUCAGAUCGUCGAUGUUGGUGGUGGAAUCGGAGUGGCCCUUAGCUUAAUCAUUUCAAAAUACCCCAAAAUUAAGGGCAUUAAUUUCGACAUGCCUCAUGUUAUAAAACAUGCGCCACCCUACCCUGGUGUGAAACAUGUAGCUGGAGAUAUGUUUGAAAGUGUUCCAAAAGGAGAUGCCAUAUUUUUGAAGUGGAUACUUAAUGAUUGGAGCGAUGAUGACUGCGUGAAGAUAUUGAAGAACUGCUACAGCGCUCUUCCGAACGAUGGGAAGGUAAUUGUUAUGGCGCAAGUUCUUCCACUUUUUCCAGAAAUUACCACUAACGCAAAGGUUAAAUCCCUACUUGAUAUGCUUAUGAUGACUCAAAAACCGGGAGGACGGGAGCGGAUGCAACAUGUACCAUUGGCAGAUGCAGCUGGAUUUGAGAGCGUUAGUUUGACUUGUCAUGUCUAUGAUACCUGGAUUAUGGAGUUCAACAAGAAGGAUUUGACAUCUGGUAGCUUCUGUGAGAGCUUACACUCUAGUAGCUUUUUUGCCUAAUUACUGAGAUAAGGCAAGGAAUGCAGUUUCUGAAGGUAUUGUGAUAUCAGUAUGGAAUAUUUCAUUUGUAAACAUCGGAUCAUGAAAGUAUGUUCUGUAACUGUGGCAUUUUGUUCUGAACUCUCUAAUCAGCCAUUAAGUAGUGAAAUUACGCUACAAACCUAGGAAGUGAGCCUAUUACAACUAUUAAGUGCACAUGUUUGAAAGUGUUUGAUCAGGUGAAAGUCAGAUUGUGGUAGGAAAGGAAUCACUUGUUGAUGGGAGGGUUUGAGUGACAAUAAGCUUUCAUUCAAGAACUCCUCUGCAUUCCUUAUAACUUGUUUAUGGAAAGUGGGUGGUUUUCAAGUAUAUAUCAUAAACGCCCAGAUCUUCAGAGCUUGCUAUUAGUGAAGCUUCUGUUGACAUCUUCAAUUGUGAUUGAUCAGCCUAACUCUUGUUUGUUUUAUACAUAAAAUUCCUGGGUUUUGCGCUGAAAUCCAGUGGCAAACUUUAUUUGUUCAA